GCCUGGUCGCCUAGCAACCUCCACCAGCCCGAUGGAGCCCGGUGGCGGCCGGGAGCUUGAGGCCAGGAAUUAUCUGGAAAAACAUAAGAUUAAGGAGUUACUGAACUAUCUCACCAGCAUUCUCCUGUACUUCCGGCCGAGAAAACCAAGGGAAUAUUUAAUAUCUCUAUUGGAACGACUGAGAAUUGCCAAAAUAACAGGUGUACAUUUUCCUCUCUUCAUGGAUAACUCUAACAUUGUAUCUAUGUUUGAGAUGAUGGACUCCUCAAAGAGAGGCACCAUAUCAUUUGUGCAGUAUAAAGAAGCCCUAAAAACCCUGGGUCUGUGUACUGCAGAUGAAGUUUUAAAAGAUGAUGGACGUGCAAUAACUUUGGAGAGAUUCAAGAAUGAGGUGAAGGAGAGGACUAAUGAAAUAUGGUCAGCAUUUUAAUAACAUUUUAAAAAUACGGAAUUACAUACUGACUGGGCAGAAUGACCCUUCUUUGGGUUACUCUACAGCUCCAAGGAAAGGACAAAGGGAGGAGGAUGGUAACGAGCGCCCUGUACCUGGAGAACAGCAGGCCUGCGGGGGGCACAGCUAUGGACCAGCCAGGAGUCUACUGGGCCACCCUCUGGUCAUAAAUUCUUGCACUAUCUUGAGAGUUUC